UACCUAAAACGAUUUCUCUGCCCCAUCAGUUUUCUGAAAGCUUUGAUUACUACUUAUUUACAAUGACGCUCGAAUGGAAUGUGAUGACAUUAUGUUUCUUUUCUACACAAACCCGGACUCUUAAGUCAACAAAUCAAGUCUCAUCAAUAAAUGAUAACGGUAACCACGUGAUGAAAUGAUAAACUUGUUUUUGUGCUUCCUGUUUACUGUACAAUUUGUGUAACAACUGAACAUAGAUAAAAAUAUGGCAAAUUUAAUUGUAAAACAUACUGAAAAACAUUUAAACUUUAAGUGUGCUUUGGUUGCAUUAAGUGUGACAGGACAAGCACUGGAAAAUGUAACAGAAACCAAACUUCAAGCAGUUCAUGAUACAAUGAAGAGGAAAUAUGGCGCCCUGAAACCUUGCAGUCAGCAGUGCAGUAAAACGCAAAGGAAUAUUAACAAAUGGUGUUCGACAUGCGAGUUAUGGCGUAUUGAAUUGCAAUCGUACAUUACAGGACAAGGUACUAGUACUAGAACUGACUGGGACAAAAUGAAAUCUUGGGAAUGGCCACAACAUCACAGAAAUAUCGCCGAGGUGUUUACUGCCACUGGCUGGAAUACUUCGAAUCUGAAUUUAAAAGAUGUUUCAACAAGCCUCAGCUUAUGGCAACGAUGUAAAGAGUUUCCAAGACACUUUGUUCAGUACUCAAAAUCGCUACAAAAGGCGAGGAACAAUUUGUUCCAUGUACAUGCCUCCAGUCUUUGUCUGACUUCUGACGAGAUGAAGUCAAUAUUUCGAGCAAUUUACAAAGUACUGAAUCAUGGGGAUGUCAUUCCGCUAAUACAAAAUCACAAUGAAGUUGCCAGCGCUAUCAAAGACCUUGAGCAAGGUAAUUUGCAUGGUCAUGAAGAAGAAGCUUCAAAAGCAUUGAAGGAAAUUGCAGGAACAAAUAAGGAAAUACUGGCAAAGAUAGAUAAAUUAGAGAAGAAGACAAAUAUGAAUUAUUCAAUUCUAGUCUUCGCUAUAAUAUCUGUAUUCCUUUCAUUCAUUUAUACCUUAAAUGUAAGGAAUGCGGAUGAUGAUGAAAAGCGCUUGGUCGACUUAACGAAUAGAUCAAACCAAUGUCUACCUGAGAAGUCGCACCGAUUAUUCAAAUCUGGUAUAAAUAUGGAGGGAUAUCUUGUUCGUGACAAUCAGUUUGUAGGAAGAGACUGGUUAUUUGAUGCUCUUGCGGAGAAAAUCGUCAAUGCUUCCAAGGGAAGAGGAGUUGUUAUGGUUGCAGAUAUGGGAUAUGGAAAGUCUGCGGUUGUUGCUCAUAUGGUAUGCUCAAAAGAAUCGGAUGUUAGUUUUAAGUUGCGAAAGAGACUUGUUGCGUACCAUAUCUGUAAAUUUGAUGUACAAUUAUCAAAAAGAAGUAAUACAUUUAUCAAACGGAUAGCAUCUAUGAUAGCGCAAAGAUUUGCACAGUUUGCAAAGUUGUUGGAAAGAGAGAGAGCUUGUCUGGAGAACUAUGACAGUGAUACCUGUGAGCAAGAUCCAUUCGGAUGUAUGGAUCAGUGUUUAAUAGAUCCACUUCAAAAGGCUCAGAUAAAUCAAAAUGAGAUAUACAUAAUCGCUAUUGAUGCGCUUGACGAAUGCGAAAACAACGACGGUGAUAAUGUAAUAUUUGAUUUGUUAAAUUCGGACAGGAUGAAACAAAUUCCGUAUAUUUUCAAAUUCAUAAUAACUUCCAGAAACAUCACUGAAUACAACGCUUUAGACACGGAUUUUUCAUUUAUGAUGUUAAGGGACAACGAUGACUUAAAUCUUAAGGACAUACAUUCUUUCAUAUAUGCUUCAAAUCACACAAAAGUAAUAAAAAACCAGGUGUCUUCGAUACAUAAUAUAUCAAACUUUCUGUUGGCAUCCAACAUUAUGAAUACUCCUUCGAGCUUUGAAGAAGGAAAUCAGAUACCUAAAUCAAUCUAUAGAUUUUACGGACAACUCUUCCAAAGACUUUUCGGAAAGCAGUAUGAUCAGCCUAAAUCUAUUCUUGAAGUUGUAUGUGCAUCGCUUAUUCCACCGACUGAAAACUACGUAAGGCAAAUAACGCAAAGUUCGACAAAUAUUACAAAGGAACAAUUUUCAGCUGUCAUGGGGAAAUUCCAACAUAUUUUACCAUUUAGUGGGGCGGAGCUUCAUUUUACCCAUAUGUCAUUAAAAAAUUGGCUAAUAAGUAAAUCAAGUGGCAAGUAUGAACUUGAUAUUAAGCGCGGCCACAUGAGGCACGCCCUUUUCCAAUUUGAUGAUUUGAACCGUGAUAUACCAGUUGACUUAGUGGAUAUAUCAAUACAUAUAUCGUAUGCUUCCUCAAGAGGGAAACUUAUGGAAAUGUUUCAUAGAAUUAAUCAGAGCAAAUUGAAUGAAUAUAAAACAUGGUCAAACGAAUUACCACUUCAUCGUUUAGUGAAACAGUGCGACUGUGUUGAAGCAAUACAGUUGCUCCAUUAUCACUUUCGUGAUGUCAACGAGCUGAAUCAGGCCGGAAUGUCGCCGUUAUAUUUAGCGGCGUCAUUAGGUCGCACAAAGAUAUUUCAAUAUCUUUCGAUGCAUAAUGCUGAUAUCCACUUUAGAUUGAGAUCUUAUUCUGAUGUUAUCCAUCUUAGAUUAGCGGCUGAAAUCGCGUUUAAAGAUCGCCAUUGGGGAUACGGAGUAAUGGAUAUAGCAGCCCAAAAUAACCAUAUAGACAUAAUAAGAGAUAUUCUUGUAAAAGAUGUAACCGCAAGUAGAUAUCACUUCUUCAAAAUGAAUGGAUUGAAUCUUUUGCCUAUCCAUCUAGCAUGCAAAGUUGGCCAUAUAAAUAUUGUACAGUUGAUUGUUGAACACAGGUCAGACAUGUUAGAUAAUUUUUGUCUUUACUUUGCAUCUGAGACUGGUAAUAUUGAUGUAGUGGAAUUCGCACUAAGCCAAGGUAUUAAAGACACGUGUCGAACAUGCACAGAACAUUUUUACUGGGUGCCAAAAAAUAAGAGAAGAAUUCAAGGCAAUGAUUUAUUAUCUGAUGAAGGUUACAGUGUAAAAGACUACGUUUUAUUUGAUGAUAGCCAUUUGAUCAGUUGUGAAACGGCUUUGCAUGCGGCAGUCAGGGAAAAUAGAACGUCAAUUGUUAAGGUACUGAUAUUACAGCCGUCAAACGCUUUAAGUUGUACUGAUAGAUCUGGUAGAACUCCGCUGAUUUCUGCAAUUGUGUAUAAUCGUCGGGAAAUAUUUCAUCAAAUUAUUCACAGAUUGCGAUUUGAUGUACACCAUAAGUGCCAACAACCAAAAUACAUCGCUGACAUUUCUCAAUUAAGUGAAAUUGAACAGAGCAAUUUGCAAUCAUCCAUGUGUGAUUCAGAAUCAUCCGUUCUUCAUAUUGCAGCCAAAUACGACAGACUUUGGGUGUUCCAAGAGAUUAAACAAAUGGGUGUUCACUGGGCUGAAAUACCAAGGGACGGUGAAGGAUGUCAUACUGUUCAUAAAGCAGCAUGUCAUGGCAGCCUUAGAGUUUUAGAUUAUAUAAUGUCUGUUGAAGUAAAUAUUUUACACUUACAUUGUGCAAAUGGCUCAGAUCCGCUUCAUUUAGCAUUAGCGUGUGGAUCGUUUGAAGCUGUCAAUUUCAUCAUAGAGAAAGAGAAACGUAAUCUAAUCUAUCACAGGUCAAACGCAAGCGGGUAUAUGUUUUCAGCCGUUAAAGUAAACGUUUCUACGGAAACAGCCAAUGAUGCCGAAGACAUUGUUGAUAAAAGCUUAGCAGUUGUAACCAAAUUUGUCACUAAUGGAUUUCUUUUAAAUGUGACAGAUCAGUAUGAAAGAAAUAUUUUUCAUUAUGCAAUUUCAAAUGGGCAUUACAAAGUGAUAUCGGAGCUAAUGCAUAUUACAAAUGAGAAUGACAGAUUUUUUAAUGCAAGGGACAUAUACGGCAAAAUUCCCGCGAUUUAUGGACUCGAGAACCUCCCGGUGACAAAUACUGUAAAACUUUUCAUACCUGCAAACUAUACACAACUAUUUCAUCAGUUGUCUUCUAUCCUGUCGCCACAGGAAUAUUCAUGUUUCAUUACACUGCUUCAUAUGAAAAAUAAAAUGCUUCUGAAAGAAGGUUUACUAAAGAAAAUAAUGAAGUUAAUCGUUCGAAAACGCCGCCUUAUCCUUUUCACCGCUGUAUCAAUGUAUAUAGAAAAGAACAGUGAAUUUGACGCUGCUCUUAUAGGAUGCAUGUCUGUGCACGAUGACAGUAACAUUUUCCUAUCGAAUUAUAUAUGGACUUGCAGUUUAAAGGCAGCUGCACAUUCCUCAUUUGACGUUAGAGUCUAUGUAGAACUUUUGAAAUUUGCGAUUUGUAAGCCCUUAAAAUUACCUUGCAUCUUACAUGAAAUUGCGAGAUUUGCAAAGUUCAGAAUUAUCAUGCUUACUGGCAUUUCUGCGAAUCUGAAUCAGGGCAUAGCAAACUUUGUAUUCUUUAAAGAAGUGUCGUACAUUUUGAGAGAAAGUUUAGAUUUCGAUGGUUACAAUGUAUUAGAGAGAGCAGUACAGGGAAGAAAUGUCAUUCUAGUAAAACAUUUUAUUGAAAUGAAAAUUAAAAUAAACAAGAAAGCAGAAGAUUUCUUUUUAUGGGCUCUUUUUGAUAAUAGUUCUCAUUCCAGUGUAACUGUGUUGAAAGGCAUUAAAGAUAAUUUAAUUACCGCAGAAAUACAGAAUAAUGGUAUGAUAUAUGCAAAGUUAUUAACUUACAAUAGCACAAGUCGAGCACAAAAGGCGAAACAUUUGGAAGAUGUUUUGACGAGUGAUUUUGAUAUUUUGAAAGGAUAUUAUCGGGAAAUGCACAAUCAGAUGGAUGAAAUAUUGACUAUAUUACUUACUGAAAACAGGAAAAACGUUUCAAAGGAGUUUAUUUGCUCUGAGAAUAGCAGAAACUUCUCGUUUGUGCACUUAGUUGCUAUGCAAGGAUACACUGACACUUUUAAGGUUAUCAGGAAAUACUGGGGCUCAAAUAUGAUACAAUGCACAAAUGCUGAUAAAUUUACGCCAUUAUAUCUGGCUAAAGUAUUUGAUAAUAAAGCGAUAAUAACGUAUUUAGAAAACCAUCAAAUACGGGCUCGUUUACCAGAACGCAAUGCAGAAAUACACUUCAUUUUUAAAAUAUGGUCAAGAUUUCUACUGAAUAGAAAGCAUAAAAAGAAACUUUAUUGCUUAUAUCAACUCAAAAGAAAAACUUUUACUAAUAUUCACGCAGGAUUUAAAGCAUUUCGCUGCAUUAAACGGAGUGCACAGGCCCUUGGUAUAUCUGAUAAAAUGGAAGACGGCUUAGCUGAAUUGAAAUCCAUGUUAAAGUAUGUUUCCAACGUAAACGUUUUCAAGCAUCAUUAUAAAAUUAUAAGCCUCGGGAUGCGCUAUUUGAGCGAGGGUGACUACCGGUUAUAUAUGAACAGUUUUGACAGAGCAAUUAAAAGUUGCCGAAUUGCUAGCAAGGCUCUCCUCGAAACUAUUUACCUUUGGAAAAAAAAGGACAUCAAAUUGCAGUUAUAACGUAAGAUCCAUUGGUUACCAGAAUAAACAGAAUUUGUCCAAACUUUUGAAUUAUGCUGGUAAAUAUUUUACUUUUGAGGAAUGUGUACAACUAUUUUCUAAAUCCAGGGAAUCGGCUUGCCCGAGCUUUAGACAUUACAAUAUGAUAAAACGGUCGGUUUCAUCACCCAAGAGUAGACUAAAACAAGUUAUUAGAAAUCUUUUAAAGAACAUUGUGUUGCACACAGUAAACUUUUAUUUUAAAUCAGGAUACUUUGCUUCCAGAGUAAUGCCAGAUGAUAUGUUUGUUUCUGGAGUUUGGUUAUGGGAUCAUCAUUUAUAUGCUUAUAUGGAUGUCAUACAAAGCAUGAAGUUCUAUCAAGAUACUUUUAUGGUGAAUGAAGGUCUUUUGUCAGAAUAUCUAAAGCUGUCAGCAGAAAUUCGGAAGUCUAUUAACUAUUCAAAAUGGAGCAAAAAUGCUAGGGAACUAGUUAAUGAAUUUACUAAUAAAUUAAAGCAUGGGUAAAUAAUGGCGAUUUUCAGAAUCGAAUCUUUGUCGUUUGUAUAUACUCAUUAUAUUCAUUGUACUAUAUACAGUUUAUGCCACUAAGAUUUAAUUUGUUCAUAAUUUUGAUACACGUCUUCACUUCACUGUCUAUGUUACGUACUAUGUUACGUACUUAGGAUGAAUUUUUACAUUAUUUAUGUUAGCGGACCAUGUGUUAGACCGUAUGUUAGACUGGCUAUGGCCAAUUACGCUAUCCUCUUUAAAUAAAGUUAUUAUUAUUA